AUGACCUUUGUCUGCGGCAUGUUGUCGAUUAUUAUCACUUUACUGGUGAAUCUCCUCGUAGAGACUUCAGAGUCGUUUAUUGUGAUGGUUCCUGGUGAUCCUGUAGUGGCUCAUGUGGGAUCCUCAGUGAUUCUGUCCUGCUGGAUCUCUCCUCCUGAGAACGCUGAAGCUCUGGAGAUCCGCUGGUACCGUCACGACUUCAACAACCCUGUUCUGCUCUAUAAUCACAGGAAGAUCCAGGACAUCCAGGAGUGUUUCAGGAACCGAAGCUCUCUUUCUCUGCGGUCAGAUCAGUCUGGUGGACUGAAGGAUGGAGACGUCUCUCUACGGCUGGAGAAACUCACAUUUCAGGAUGAAGGUCCGUUUCACUGUUAUGCGAGUGGAGACACAGAAUAUGGCAGCCGAGAGAUAGCUCUCAAAAUCACUGAUCCAGCGGAUCCGUCAGGUCCAUGGAAGGCUCUUUUCGUCACCCUCCUCAUCUGUGCUCUUCUGGGGUUGGUUGGGUUGAUCCUCUACAGAUACAGACACAAACUAACCGGAAAGAAAGCAGCAGAUGAAAUUGUGGGAGAAAUAAAUCUAGAAGAACUGAGGAAACAUGCAGUUAAGAUCAGUAUUGAGCGUGAGCGUUUACAUCCAGAUCUGAUGGUCACUAAGAACCUUAAAAUGGUGAGGAACAGUGCUGAAUAUAAUCACACUGAUGAGGGAUUUCCAUAUGAAUUAUGUACAUUUGGAGCCCAGAGAUUCACUUCUGGUCGUCACUAUUGGGAAGUAGAUCUGACACGAGACAAUACACCUCCCAAACACUACUGGUUAAUUGGUGUGGUGAAAGAGAGAAGUUCUGCUUCAAAACACAGAUCUGCUGUAACUGCAUCAGCUGGUUUCUGGUUCUUGUGUUCAGACGGUCCUCAUGGCUUUCACAGCAACACUGAUCCACCAGUUAAACUCUCUCUGACCCCGAGACCUGAGCGACUGGGAGUUCUGUUAGAUUAUGAUGACGGUCAGCUGUCAUUUUACAACGUCACAGAGAGAAAACAUCUCCUGACCAUCAGCAGCAGAUUCUCUGGAUCAGUCGUUCCUCUGUUCAAUCCUGGAGCGGGUGAUGAGACUGAAAUCCUGGAUUGUCCAGAACCUGUAGAAUCAGCUGCAGAGUCCAUUCAGCCUUUCCUGAGUAACAACAGCUCAGACUGA